AUGAAGGGUAUCUGUUCAAUUGCCUGGCUAGUUCCGCUCUUGGAACUGGCUGCUGCCACGCGAGCACCCAUCAAGAAGACCCUGACCGGUCAUAUUGACCCUUCCCAGGUCUUCUCCUUUGUCUACGCUCCAUUCGAAGUGGAAGUGGGGACAACUUCCAUCUCCGUUGUGCAGAGCUACUCGAAGAAGGGGCAGGGAAAUGCCCUUGAUCUGGGGAUCUUCGAUCAACGGGGAUACCAGAUGAUGGAUGCAGUGAAUGGCACCACGGGCUCUCGAGGCUGGUCCGGUGGUUUCAGAAACAACUUCACCAUCACUCCCUCCUGGGCUACCCCCGGCUACAACCCCGGCGCCGUCGAACCGGGCACCUGGAACGUCGUCCUGGGCCCCUACACAUCCGUCCCUGAAGGGAUCGACUGGCAGCUCGACAUCGAAAUGUCCUUCGACCCCGUCGACUCGUGGUUCUCCCCAUACUACGCCACCACUGACAUGAACCCCCUCUGCAACGGCUGCCAGGAAGACUCGUCGUUCACCUGGAUGCGCGGCGACUUCCACAUGCACACCGUCUACUCGGACGGUAAAUACACACCGGACCAGCAAAUCCGGAACGCCCUGUCCCGCAAUCUAUCCUUCAUCUUCUUCAGCGACCACAACACCGACACCAGCAAUCAGAUCGUCGGCGCCUACCAGGCAUCGCUCGCCCCAGAUCUGCUCAUCGGCCGCGCCAUCGAGGUCACCACCCGCUACGGCCACUGGCAGGCUGUCGGUCUCGACCGCGACCAGAUCAUCGAGUGGCGGUACACGCCCGACGACAACCCUGGCUUCGCUGCCGCCGCGCACCAGGUCCACCGCGCCGGUGGCUUCGUCUCAGCCAACCAUCCCUUUGCCGCUUGCCCCGCGUGUGACUGGGGUCUCGGGUGGGAGGAGAAUGACGCGGUGGAGGUAUGGAAUGCGCAGUGGGAUGAACCGGAUCAGCAGGCCGUCCAGAAGUGGCAUGAACUGCUUGUAGAUGGGAAAUUCAUGACCGCCAUCGGAGGGAGCGAUUCUCACUCUCCUCCGUCGCUGAACGGGUGGCCGACGACCGUCGUCAAGGCGAGAGGACGCAGCCAGGCUGCUAUUGUGGAGGGUGUCAAGGCUGGCCGCGCGUAUCUGGUUCAAGGGCCGGGCAUGGACGUCGCGUUUGAGGUGCAGAUUCCCUCGCUGUCGGCGCCCGCGCAGAUUGGUGACAGGCUCCGGACGACUGCGGCGGGUGCCAAUGCUAUCUUUUCGGCUGAGGGGCUGUCGAACCUCAAGGCUUGCUUUAUUUCCGAUAAGGGGUAUUUCUACAAUACUACCAUUGAGGAUACAGUACAGAUCAAACGGGGCGUGCCGUCCGGGGCCAAGUUUGUUCGGGUGGAGGUUCGCAAUGGCACGACAGAGGAAGUGCUUGCCUUGACCAACCCGGUUUGGUUCUUGGGCUGA